GUGUGUGUGUUAUUUCUGUACCCUAGUCAAAUAUUGCCUCCUUUCAGGCGUCGUAAAGCUGUUCUAAUGCUAAGAGUGGGCUGAAGUAAACAUAGCAGAAGACGACUUGUUGUUGUUAAAGUGGGAGUUCGGGGGAAGGGGAACCACAAAUUGAUGGGGAAACAAGACUUUUGCUCGGCGCGUCGCUUAAAUUAGCCACUGCAGAGACGAAUCUUUCGUCCAGUCCAGCUAUGGUAGUUUCUGCGGAAGAAUUUGCUAGUUGCCAAACGUGCGUAUCAACUAUUAGUAGCCUGACAUUAGCGUAACACUUUGGAUUAUUUUUUUUAAAUUUCCAACCAGAUAACGUUAAUACGUUUAGAUAAACUUCGUCGAUCCAUGCUUAAUUAACAAAAUAAGAAAUGUGCUAAGCUAAAGGCAAGACAAUAACAUAACGUUAAGCCUAGCUAACGUUGACACGCAACAGCCCUGUUGUCAGAUCCCGUUCUCUUUUAAUUUAUAGUCUGCAUACCAGCUGCUAGCUUGUCUAUUCUUUUCAACAAGGGUUUUCUAGUUUGUCCUUACUUCUUACCACAGUAGGAAGACAUAAGAUGAUGAAACGGGGAUAAGGAUGAGGUAAAACAAAUGUUCAAAAUCCAAACUAAAUGACCCAAAUCGAAGAGAAUGAAAUUAGGGGGAAAGGGGAGAAGUGGAUGAUUAAUUCAAUGAGGGGAAAUAAGAGGGUAAAGAGAGCUGAGCGGAUGGCAAGCGGGGAGAGGGCUUAGGAGAGGCGGGGCAGAGGAGAGGAAAAGGGGUGGGAUGAAGGAGAGAGGUGUUUGGAGACAGGCUCAGGUGUGCGUGACUGGAAAACGGAGAGCGCUCGGAGGCUGCACAGACAUUGGACUACAUAUUAUCGGCAGUAUCUUUUCUCUGUGAUACUAACUUAAAACCAAUCAAGCGGGACCGUGGCGAAGACGGCAGAGAGACAUAUAUUUCAAUAAGGUCCCACUGCUGCACCUGUCUCGACUGUUGCAGUGAUGGUCCAACCUUGAAAUCUGAGGGAAAGAAAGACCAGAAGAAAGGAAUAUAUUGAAAUUAUCUCAUUCUCAAUAACUCCUCUGUGCCACAAGCUCUUGCCAUGGCCAAGAAAAGUGUUUCUCAGACAAGUCGUUUCCUGUGACGGCUCUAUACAACACAUUUGAGAUCAGCUUCUCCUUUGUUACCUCAGCGGACCAAGAUGAUGCUUCGGCUGCUGCUAGUUCUCUCCAUUUGGGUGGGAUCUUAUCAAGCUGACUCUGCCCAGUCUGAACGGCGGGUUGUAGCACACAUACCUGGAGACAUCAUCAUUGGAGCGUUGUUCUCCGUCCAUCAUCAGCCUCCUGCUGACAAGGUACAUGAGCGCAAGUGUGGUGCGGUGCGAGAGCAGUAUGGUAUCCAGAGGGUGGAGGCCAUGAUGCACACACUGGACCGCAUCAACGCUGACCCUCACAUCCUUCCCAACAUCUCCCUGGGCUGUGAGAUCCGGGACUCCUGUUGGCACUCUGCUGUGGCUCUGGAGCAGAGCAUCGAGUUCAUACGGGAUUCACUAGUCUCUUCUGAUGACGCAGAGGAGUGGGGUGGAGGAGGCUCCUGGGGAGGGGGAGGAGGGGGAGGAGGAGGCGGAGGAGCGGGAGGAGCGACGAUGAAGUGUGCAGACCCCUCUGCCACUCCAAUGCGGGGGAAGAAACCCAUUGUGGGUUUAAUUGGACCAGGGUCAAGCUCAGUGGCCAUUCAGGUCCAGAACCUUCUACAGCUGUUCAACAUACCACAGAUUGCCUACUCUGCCACCAGUAUGGACCUCAGCGAUAAGAGCCUUUAUAAGUAUUUUAUGCGGGUGGUGCCUUCAGAUGCCCAACAGGCAAGAGCUAUGGUGGACAUUGUCAAGAGAUACAACUGGAGCUAUGUGUCUGCUAUACACACUGAAGGCAACUAUGGUGAAAGUGGGAUGGAAGCGUUCAAGGACAUGGCAGCCAAGGAGGGCAUCUGUAUUGCCCACUCUGGCAAAAUCUGGAGCAAUGCUGGAGAGCAGAGCUUUGAUCGGCUGCUGGAGAGACUGAGGGGCCACCUGCCCAAGGCCAGGGUGGUGGCAUGUUUCUGUGAAGGCAUGACUGUCCGCAAUAUCCUCAUGGCCAUGAGACGCCAGGCAUUGGUAGGAGAGUUCCUACUCAUCGGCAGUGAUGGAUGGGCGGACCGGUAUGAUGUAACAGAUGGCUAUGUUAGGGAAGCGGCGGGUGGUAUUACCAUCAAGCUCCAGUCGGCUGAUGUGAAAUGGUUUGAUGAAUACUACCUUAAACUUCGUCCUGAAAACAACCUCAGAAACCCCUGGUUUCCAGAGUUCUGGCAGCAUCGAUUCCACUGUCGUCUUAAAGGUCACCCACAGGAGAACAGCAAAUACAACCGCACCUGUAGCAAGCGAGAGUCACUUCGGCAGCAAUAUGCACAGGACACUAAGAUGGGGUUCGUCAUUAAUGCCAUCUACUCAAUGGCAUAUGGCCUGCAUAACAUGCAACGGGCACUCUGCCCAGGCUAUCAGGGACUGUGUGAUGCCAUGCGACCUAUAGAUGGUGCUACACUGCUGGACUUCCUGAUGAAAACCAACUUCACAGGCGUGUCAGGGGAGGGAAUCUUAUUUGAUGUAAACGGAGACUCACCUGGCAGGUAUGAAAUAAUGAACUUCAAAAAGAUGGGGAAGGACUACUACGACUACAUUAAUGUUGGCAGUUGGGACUACAGAGGCUUGAAGAUAGAUGAUGAUGAAAUCUGGCCCAACAGAGACGGCAUAAUCAAGUCGGUCUGCAGUGAACCCUGUGACAAAGGACAGAUUAAGGUGAUCCGUAAAGGUGAGGUGAGCUGCUGUUGGACGUGCACUCCCUGUAAAGAAAAUGAGUUUGUGUUCGACGAGUACACCUGCCGAGCCUGUGAACUGGGCUCCUGGCCUACUGAUGACCUCACAGGCUGUGACCUAAUCCCAGUGGAGUACCUGCGGUGGGGAGACCCUGAACCCAUUGCUGCUGUGGUCUUUGCCUGCCUCGGUCUAAUGUUCACACUCUUUGUCACUGCAGUCUUCAUUAGGUUCCGGGACACCCCAGUCGUGAAAUCUUCCAGUAGGGAGCUGUGCUACAUAAUACUGGCAGGGAUCUGCCUAGGGUACCUGUGUACCUUCAGCCUCAUAACCAAACCCCAUGUCAUCCACUGCUACCUCCAACGACUAGGAAUAGGCCUGUCACCUGCUAUGAGCUACUCUGCGCUUGUCACCAAGACAAACCGCAUUGCUCGGAUCCUGGCAGGCAGCAAGAAGAAGAUCUGUACAAAGAAACCUCGCUUCAUGUCUGCCUGUGCUCAGCUCAUCAUUGCCUUCGUCCUCAUACUGCUGCAGCUGAGCAUCAUUGUGGCUCUCUUCCUCAUGGAGCCACCUGCGGUGAUCAAUGACUACCCUAGCAUCCGCCAAGUCGUCCUCAUUUGCAACACCACUAACCUGGGCGUGGUUGCCCCGCUAGGAUACAAUGGCCUGCUCAUCCUCAGCUGCACCUUCUAUGCCUUCAAGACCCGCAACGUCCCAGCUAAUUUCAACGAGGCUAAGUACAUUGCCUUUACCAUGUACACCACCUGUAUUAUCUGGCUGGCCUUUGUACCCAUCUACUUUGGCUCCAACUACAAAAUUAUCACCAUGUGCUUCAGUGUCAGCCUCAGUGCCACUGUGGCGCUGUGCUGCAUGUUUGUACCCAAGGUGUACAUCAUUCUAGCCAAACCAGAGCGCAACGUGCGCAGUGCUUUUACCACUAGCACAGUGGUGCGCAUGCACGUGGGCGACGGCAAAUCAUCCUCAGCCGCCAGCCGUUCUUCUAGUCUGGUUAAUCUGUGGAAACGCAGAGGCUCUACUGGAGAGACACUCAGCUCCAACGGUAAAUCAGUGUCUUGGGCGCAGACUGAGCGCAGCGGUUCACGUGGCAACCACCUGUGGCAACGGCUGUCCUUCCACAUCAAGAAGAAGGAGAACAAUCAGACUGCCGUCAUCAAGCCCUUCUCCAAAACUUUGGAGGAGCGUUACUGUGGAGGGGGGGACCUGCCCCCACAUGUCCCUCUGCCCUCCCUCCCCUCCAUGUCCUCCCUGUCCAUUCAUCCUGACUCUGGCACAGACAAGACCCUAUAUGAGCUCUCUGAAGCAGAGGAGCGCUACUCGAUCACAUACCGGCCGCAGACACCCUCACCAAUCAGCACAGUCAGCCAGAGGCUUGGGGCAGGUGUAGGGGAGGAGCCCCCGAUGACUGGUAUUCCAAACUACCCAAGCAGCGUUUGCAGCGGCAGCAGUGGCGGCAGCAGCAGCAGUUGCGGUCCUACCAGCAGCGGCUCUCUGGUCGUGGGGAAUGACGGUCGUUUAGUUGUUGUGGACGAUCACCCUGGAAAGGCCCAGAGUUCACUGAUGGAUCAGAUCAGCUGCGUGGUAAACCGCUUCACCGCCAACAUCUCCGAGCUCAACAGCAUGAUGUUGUCAUCCUCUCCAACGCACUCACACACACACAAACACACGCCUCCUCCUCCUCACCCCGUUGACCCAUAUCUGUUGCCCCGUGAAAUCCCGAUGCCGCCGACCCUCACCACCUACGCUGACGUCCAGCCCCUCCCACCUGUCGAGUCCAGCUUCGGGGGCCGGAGUGGCUGUCUUGCACACCCUAUUCCUCAUUCACCUUACCCCCUGCCGCCUCCUCACGCCCAGAUCUCCCCCUCACUCUCCCCCAUGCGAGGAGGCCUGAUCACCUGCCUCACCAACUCCCCUCUGAGGGGGGAGUUGGAAGAGGAACUUAUUGCUUUGACUCCGCCGUCGCCUUUCCGCGAUUCCUUGGCAUCUAGUAGUAGCUCACCUAUCUCAGAGACGGAUCUGUGUCUUCCCCCAGUCCCAUCCCAUCCUCCCCCCUCUCCCCCUUCGCCUAGGUACAGCAACCUGACACUCAGAAACUACAGCCAGAGUUCAUCCUCACUGUGA